AUGGAGAAAGCCGACGUCUUCUUGGGUUUACACGACUUCCUCGACCGGAUGAGGCAGUCGUCUGCCGCCGAUUUAGUCAAAUCCAUCAAAAGCUUCAUUGUUUCAUUUUCGAACAAUGCACCGGAUCCUGAAAGGGAUAGUGCUCUUGUACAUGAGUUUUUUGGCCAAAUGGAGGCAGCUUUCAGGGCUCAUCCGCUUUGGGCAGGCUGUUCGGAGGAGGAGUUGGAGAGUGCAGGCGAAGGCCUCGAGAAGUAUGUAAUGACAAAGUUAUUUACCCGUGUAUUUGCUUCACUUCCAGAUGAUGUAAAAGCUGAUGAACAACUUUCUGAGAAGAUGUCCUUGAUUCAACACUUCGUUCGUCCUGAAAAUUUGGAUAUUAAGCCACCCUUCCAGAAUGAAACAUCUUGGCUGCUUGCGCAGAAAGAGCUACAGAAGAUCAAUAUGUACAAGGCACCAAGAGAUAAACUUGUGUGCAUCCUCAACUGUUGCAAGAUCAUAAACAAUUUACUGCUUAAUGCUUCUAUUGCUUCGAAUGAGAAUCCUCCUGGAGCUGAUGAAUUCCUUCCUGUUCUAAUUUAUGUUACCAUGAGGGCAAAUCCUCAACAGCUGCACUCAAAUUUGUUGUACAUACAGCGGUAUCGGCGUCCAUCCCGGUUGGUGGGGGAAGCAGCAUAUUUUUUCACAAACAUGCUUUCUGCAGAGUCUUUCAUAUCCAACAUUACUCCAACAUCUAUCUCAAUGGAAGAAACUGAGUAUGAAAAGAACAUGGAAUUGGCUCGAGCACUUGUCUCAACAGGUCCUUCAACUGAAGGUGUUACAACACUAGGUGCAAGUAAUAUUGUCAAACCUGAAUCCAUGCAUCAUCAGGCUUUACAGGAGAGGAACUCUUCACUUCGACCCAGAACUGCAGAGACUAGGUCUAGAACUAAAGAUGCAGAAAGUUCAAAAGACGAGGUAUCGUCAUUGGAUAAGGUUCCGUCGCUGUCGGAUAUAGAGAACAGAGGAGCUGCUCUCAUUUUGAAGGAGGACAUGGCAAGUCAAGUUUUUCGAGAGUAUCCGUACUUGUAUUCUCAAGUUGGUGAUCUAACAAUCAAUGACGUGGAAGAGCUGCUGAACUCCUACAAACAGCUGGUUUUCAAGUACGUUUGUGUCUGUAAAAGUCUGGGUCGUGGUGGUGGUGGUGGAGGUGGUGGCGAAUCUCUUCUUUCCAGCUCCAGUAAUCGAGAAACUGUGCAGAACAAUGUGGAACCCUUGAAGAACCGUCAAGAGGCUGAAACAGUAGUAGAACAGAGUUUUGAGCAUGACAAACAAGAUAACAGUUUGAUUGCAGAAUCAAAGCCUCUGGAUAUUGAUCCAUUGGCAAGUAAAAAUGAGGAGCAUGAAGACCCAGAGGAAUCGGCGAAAAUCUCGGUCAUAUAG